UUGCAGUGUGGCGCUUUCAGUGUAUAGCCAGUUGCUGCUUUUUGUUUUUGAAUGGAUGAGACGUUUAAAUAUUUUGUUUGUUGCACAGUUGGUUGGUCGGUGCUGAUGCUAGAUUUAAUAGGUCAGACGGUUGGCUGUGGGGCGGCGAAAUUUGCCCCGGCUGUCAGUCAAAGGAGUCUGGGAUGAGAUUGGAGCGUGGAGAGGACAGCAGUCAGCAGAGUUGUGGCAUUGGUCAGUAUUGCUGGAGUAUGAGGAAACCAGGACCUCAGAAAGUGAUUGAGUGGAAGGAUGGCAGACGACACAAACACGCCCGCAGUGGACGCCCAUCCAGCAUCCCUCCCCAGUACCAGGGGCACUUCAGCUGGGACAAGUAUCUGAAAGAGACAGGGUCCUCUGCAGCUCCAGCACACUGCUUCAGACAGUGCUUAACCCCCCCGGUGAACGAGUUCAAGUCCGGGAUGAAGCUGGAGGCCCAGGACCCACGCAACACCACCUCCACCUGCAUAGCAACCGUCGUCGGGCUGACCGGGGUCAGGCUCCGCCUCCGACUCGACGGCAGCGACAACAAGAACGACUUCUGGCGAUUGGUUGACUCCUCCGAGAUCCAGCCAAUCGGCAACUGUGAGAAGAACGCGGGCAUGCUGCAGCCACCUCUGGGCUUCCGGCUAAACGCUUCCUCCUGGCCGAUGUUCCUUUUAAAGACGCUAAACGGAGCCGAGAUGGCGCCUGUCCGGAUAUUCCACAAGCAGGAGCCCCCUGCCCCGGCUCAGAACUCCUUCAAGGUGGGCAUGAAGCUGGAGGCGGUGGACCGCAAGAACCCUCACUUCAUCUGCCCGGCCACCAUCGGGGAGGUGCGAGGGAGCGAGGUGCUGGUCACCUUCGACGGCUGGAGAGGAGCCUUCGAUUACUACUGCCGCUACGACUCCCGCGACAUCUUCCCUGUGGGCUGGUGUGCGCUGACCGGAGAUAACCUGCAGCCACCUGGGACCAAGGUCGUGCUGCCCAAGAGCCCCGGCACCCCCCUGGAGUCAAGCUCGGAGCGCAGCAGCAUGCACCCGGCGGGCAGGGGGGCCCCACGGCAGAGGGGCCGCAAGCCUGGGCGCCCACGCGGUAGACUGCCAGGGAUCUGGCUGCAUAAAGGAGCUGCAGGCCAGCACGGCGCAGCCGGCAAGCCGGUGGAUCCAGUCAAGAUACCCAAGAAGAGAGGGCCCAAACCAGGCAGCAAGAGGAAACCUCGGGUGGUGCCCAACCCCAUACCCACCUCCCCAACCAGCAGCACCCCCGAACCAGACACCAGCACUGUGCCCCUGGACAACGCCACCAUCCCCAGCGCCGCCCUGCAGGCACCCACCGUGUGCGUGUACCUGAAUAAGAACGGCAAUAUGGGACCCCACCUGGACCGGAAGAAGGUCCAGCAGCUUCCAGACCACUUCGGGCCGGCGCGCGCCUCGGUGGUGCUGCAGCAGUCUGUCCAGGCCUGCAUCGACUGCGCCCACCACCAGAAAACAGUGUACUCCUUCCUGAAGCAGAGCCACGGAGGAGAGCUCAUCUCAGCCUCGUUUGAGCAUGAGCAGCACACUCUGACCCUGCCCGCGGUGAACAGCGUGACCUACGUCCUGCGCUUCCUGGAAAAGCUGUGUCACAACCUGCGCAGUGACAACCUGUUCGGAAACCAGCCCUUCACCCCGAGCAGUUCCGGGCUGCACUGCCCCCUGGAGUAUGACAGCGCCGCAUACCACCCAGCAGAACCAUUCCUGCUAGAGAACGGUUUCCCCGGCCCCCCUGAGCACCGGCUGGACAGUCUGGACUCUGCGCUGACCACUGUGAAUCAGGCCAGUCCGGCCAGGAGCUUCCGGUCACCAUUCAGAUCACUGAACCAGAGCAGCAGCCCUUCGGCCACGCUGCGGAGACUGAGCUCAGGAGGUUCGGAGCGGUUCCUGGGGUCCAGCCCUCGUUCCAGCGGCAGGGACCCCAAUCUCUGGACGGUGGAGGACGUCAUGCAGUUCGUACGGGACACUGACCCCCAGCUCGGGCCACAUGCAGACCUCUUCCGGAAACACGAGAUUGACGGCAAAGCUCUGCUGUUGCUACGCAGCGACAUGAUGAUGAAAUAUAUGGGCCUGAAGCUAGGCCCAGCCAUCAAACUCACCUACCACAUAGACAGAAUCAAGCAGGGCAAGUUCUGAGAGAACACAAGACUUUUAUACCUUUUCAAAAAAAAACUAAAAAAACAAUCAAAUCAAAAUGCUGGGACAAUUAUAAAAAGGAGAAGAAAACGGUUUACCACGUGAGACUGUCACAGCCAAGCUCAGAGCAAGACCCUGCCACCCACUUUCUGUUUGUCUCUCAACCAAGGACACCUUUGGGGAUUUUGUAGCAUGCCGGCCCUGUGGGAUUGUGGGUACAGAAGAGCUCGGCCCAGUGCUUUUUAAAAAUAAUAAUAAUAAUAAUGCAUCGGUUUUUUUUGGAGGGGGGGGGGUUGGGGGUUGGCAUUUUUUUAUAAGGAUUCCGAGGAACCACAGAUGGGCGUCAACGCCAUCUUUAUGACUGUUUUUUAUUACUGUUUAAAGAUCAAGGUUGUUUAUUAACACACUGUACAGCCCUGAUGCAUAUUUUUUCUGUAAGACUGUUACCCAAAUAAAAUUAAACAGGUAAACACUAGCUGCUUUACUCCGCACGAGGCAGGCUGCCAAAUACUGUCCAUAUUCCUGUUAUACAAUGGUAUACAAUAGAUGUGAACACGCAGGCUUCAAUAGCAAUCAUUUUUUAAUGGUGUGCAAUUCUCGCAGACUAGAGUUAAUUUCUUACCCGUUAAAUGUUUAAUAUGGAGGUCAUGGGGUGCUGCUGGAUUGGUGUAUUGGCUAAAAUUAAGAUUGACCUGCAUGUAAAAAUGCUUUGUCCAUUCAUUAUUUCAGUGUGUGUUUCACUAGUUUGUAAGCACAUCAGCAUCAAAUAUAUGAAUUCCUGUUUAUACAGUGGCAAUCUGCUUUUGCGAGACAUACUGUAUAACAGAGCAAGUAGCAGUCUGAGAUUACACUUGGGUAUACGCUGUUUUCUGUGAAAAUGCUGUCAGGUCAAUAUUUAGGUUUUUUUAAUGUGUUAGUCAAAUAGUAAAAUAAGAGGGAGUACUAAAUCAGCCCAUGUUCCUCCACAGGUGAAUAUUCGUGACGUGAGAUUUUUCUUUAUAAAUCUACAUUGCAGUGGCAUUGUAAAGUGUAAUGUUGUGUAGGUUGAUUUCUUUAAAAACUUUCUUCUUUCUCUAUAACUGUUUUCUAAAGCUAAGGGAAAACGAUGUGUGAAACCUGGUUAGCUACUAUUACUUUCUCAAAAAAGUUAUCCAAAAGUGAGAUGCAAAUAAACAGCUGUCAAGGGCAUAUAGAGGUACUGUAAUCAAUGCUCUGCAUGUAUAAACCAAAUCAGCGUGACACUCGCUGGUCACACCGGGUUGACACGCCUUUUAGCUGCAGUGACAGCCUAACUCAGUGUGGGAGGAUUGUGGCUAUGAAUGCGGUGUUCAAGUUCAUCCCACAGAUGCUCGAUUGGAUUGAGAGCCAAGAAAGACGACCGAAAUCUGUCACAUGAACCCCUAAACCAAUCGCAGACAAUACCAGCAUUGCAUUAUCUUCUUGAAAGACGUGCAAGUACAAAUAGGGGUGUCCAGUACAGACAAGGGGGACAGGGGUGGGUUACAAGAAAUGGAGUGGAUAGAGCAUUCUGAGAGCAGCCCCCAGGUCAAUAUUCAAUUCUGAAAUUUUGAAAUUCAUCUCCAGUUACUUCCUGGGGGUGUUGGACUGCAUCAUUUUGUGUUCUGGGUUCUGAAUAAUAACAGUAUUGUAUCAUCUGUUUUAUUAAGAGUAAAUCCAGCCCUCAUUAGCUCUGCUCUUCUCCUGCAGGGAUAGUGACCAUCUGGAAAGCUUGUCUCUAAACUGAGAGGCAGGGAGGGCAUUCAGGCACCAGGCUUCCUGCUUAUGGAAUCCUCUGCUGAAACGUAGCAGGGUCUCAAUUAAAAAAAUAUUGUUUAACAAGGCAUUUUAGUUUUUAUUAUUAUUAUUAUUAUUAUUAUUAUUAUUAUUAUUAUUAUUAUUAUUAUUAUUAUUAUUAUUAUUAUUAUAUGUACAGGGCUUUUAGGCAUUUCAGGCAUUUUAUAAAUUCCUGUUUUACUGUUUUGUAUUCUAUUAUAAACAUUAGAAGCCAAUCCGAUUAUCAAUAUUUUUUCAAGACAGACAUAGUCCAUAUUAAAAAAAAAAGAAAAAAAAAA